UCUCUCUCUCUCUCUCUCUCUCUCUCUCUCUCUCUCUCUCCUGACAUCAUUGUAAGAACUGUAUCGUAUUGCUGACAUUCUUCCCGAAUGGGUUGUGGAUAGUAAAGGGGCGUUCGCCAGUGUGACAUGUAUUUUUUCCAGCAGUUUCGCCUUAAGGAGAAGUCACGCGCGGGUUUAUUGUCGCCACGCGCUCCCUCGUGCGCUCUGGUGAGCUGUUGUGACCGUGUUGCACGCGCCGCCGCUACAAAGUUAACAAGAAAAAAUGCGUCUGUUUGUUGUUUGUCUCUUGUCCACUUUUCUGGUCGCGUGUAAAGCGUCGGCGUCUCAGAGCGUUUUUACUAAUCACUGGGCUGUACGAGUCAGAGGAGGAUUAAAACAGGCUGACAAACUUGCUUCUAAAUAUGGCUUUACAAACCUGGGCCAGAUUGGUGAAUUGGAGGACCACUACCAUUUCCAUCACAGUCAUGUGGUGCGCAGAUCCACCUUUGCCACCAGGGGCACACACAGUUUCAUUCACAUGGACCCCAAGGUGGAUUGGAUCCAGCAGCAGAUAGUAAAGUCUCGAGUGAAACGCUAUGCUCGCAGCGACCCCAACUCCAUCUAUUUCAAUGACCCCAAGUGGUCAAACACGUGGUACCUUCAUUGCAGUGAUAAAAACAGCCGGUGUCGCUCCGAAAUGAACAUCUUGGCGGCCUGGCAGCGUGGCUAUACAGGUCGAAAUGUUGUCAUCACCAUCCUAGAUGAUGGGAUUGAGAGGACCCAUCCUGAUCUGGCCCAAAACUAUGACCAUCUAGCCAGCUAUGAUGUCAAUGGCAACGACCAUGACCCGAUGCCGCGUUAUGACUCUAGCAAUGAAAACAAGCAUGGGACCCGAUGUGCUGGGGAGGUGGCUGCUGUGGCUAACAACUCACACUGCAUUGUGGGGAUUGCAUACAACGCCCGAAUUGGAGGCAUUCGGAUGCUGGAUGGGGAUGUGACUGAUGUGGUGGAGGCCAAGUCGCUCGGGAUACGGCCUGACUACAUUGACAUUUACAGUGCCAGCUGGGGCCCUGAUGAUGAUGGCAAAACUGUGGAUGGUCCAGGCCCACUGGCUAAACAGGCUUUUGAAGUGGGCAUUAAAAAGGGCCGUAAAGGUCUGGGCUCAAUCUUUGUGUGGGCGUCUGGUAACGGAGGUCGGCAGGGAGAUCACUGCUCAUGCGAUGGAUACACCAACAGCAUCUACACCAUCUCUGUUAGUAGCAGCACGGAAAAUGGCAACAAACCCUGGUACUUGGAAGUCUGCUCGUCCACCAUGGCCACCACCUACAGCAGCGGAGAGUUUUAUGACCGCAAAAUAAUUACUACAGACCUGCGUCAGCGCUGUACAGAUGGACACACUGGCACAUCAGUGAGUGCACCAAUGGUGGCUGGCAUCAUUGCUCUUGCGCUAGAAGCCAACCCAUUAAUAACAUGGAGGGAUGUACAACAUCUCUUGGUAAAGACAUCCAGACCUGUUCAUCUGAAAGCCAGUGACUGGAAAACAAACGCAGCAGGACACAAGGUUAGUCACCUGUAUGGAUUUGGGCUGGUGGAUGCUGAGGCCAUGGUCGUAGAGGCCAAGAAAUGGCGAAGUGUUCCACCUCAGCACACAUGCACCAAGAUGUCAGAUCGCAGAACCAGGUACAUCCGGCCAGAACAGAAGCUAAACAUCACCAUGAGUAGCACAGGCUGCAGCGGACAACCAGAUCAGUACGUAGCCUUCCUGGAGCAUGUAGUGGUACGCGUGCUGAUCGUUCACCCGCGUAGGGGAGACCUGGAGAUCAGCCUUGUCUCUCCAUCAGGAACACGCUCUCAGCUUCUGGCCAAAAGGUUGUUUGAUAACUCUAAUGAGGGCUUCAGGAACUGGGAGUUCAUGACCGUGCACUGCUGGGGCGAGAGGGCAGAAGGCACAUGGACCCUGGAGAUAUCCGACUCACCCUCGCAGCUCCGCAGCAACCGUGAAGUUCUAGGUAAGCUAAAGGAGUGGACUCUGAUACUCUAUGGCACAUCUGAGCACCCCUAUCAGUCUCACAGUUCUCAACACUCUCGUGUUCGGGUGCUGGAGAUUCCCAGUGUUAAGAAUCCAGAGCCUUCAUCCAGCACAGCCAUCCAACAUGAAGAGGAGGAAGAGGAGGAGUACACUGGGCCAUGCCAUCAUGAGUGUGGUGAUCAGGGUUGUGAUGGCCCAGAUGCUGACCACUGCCUAAACUGCAUCCACUUCAGCCUUGGCAGCCUGAAGACCGGGAGGAGGUGUGUUAGCCACUGUCCCUUGGGUUAUUUUGAGGACAGUGAGGCGCGAAGGUGCAGGCGUUGUCACCGAGGCUGUGAGAAGUGUGUGGGCCGAGGUUCAAACGAGUGCCGCUCCUGCCGGAGAGGAUUAUACUUCUACACUGAGGAGAGCUUGUGUGUAGAGAACUGCCCCACUGGAUACUUCAAUGAUGAGGUUCAGAGACAUUGUCUGAAGUGCCAUGAGAACUGUAUGAUGUGCCUGCAGGAUUCUGACAGAUGUACCGCAUGCAUAACAGGCUAUAGUUUAGCAGGAAUGACCUGUGUCCCUGAGUGCACAAAUGGAACCUUCUUUAACUUGGAGGAGAUGAAGUGCAGCCCCUGCCAUGUCUCCUGCUCCACCUGCACAGGGCCUGGUAUGGAGGAAUGUCUCCACUGCUCUCGUGACUUCCUGCAGGAGGAGUGGCGGUGCGUGCGGAAAUGCAGCCCUGGGCACUACGAGGGUGAAAGCAUAGGAUUUCCACAGAGGAUGUGCCGCAAAUGUGAGGAGAACUGUCUGAGCUGCCACGGACCUGGAACAAUCUGUACUCAGUGCAGAGAUGGAUACAACCUGGUCAGCGGUACCUGCAUAAUCAAAGCCACCUGUAACAAUACGGAUGAAGUGUUCUGCGACAUGGUGAAGUCCAACCGGCUGUGUGAGAAGAAACUCUUCCGACAGUUCUGCUGCAGAACCUGUUUGAUGACAGGAUGAAUGAGUAACAAGAGAGUAAAAGAGAGAAGGACAGGUCACUACAUUUAAUAUGGCUCUGUUAUCUGAUGUACAUGUUUUAUCCAUUUAUAUCUGGAUUCAAACCCGAACACCUCAUUUCAAUAAAACCCUGAAAGGGUGCUAUUUGAUUGC